UUGUCAUGGAGGCAUUGUCAACAAUUUGAAAAUUCUGAUUUUAAGGCAGUUGCAGAUGUAAUAACUUAAGCCUGAAGAGGACAGAAUGAGCUGAACCUGAAACCUUUUAAGGCAGUUAUAUGUCCCUCAAAACAAUGCAGAAAAAUGAGCCUUGGGUUGGGACCUGGAGGCCCCACAAGCCAAAAGGGCCCAUAGCGGCUCAGUAUGGGAGCCCUGGGCCUGUAUACAUGUUACCUGGGCUAACAGGUGCAAUUCGUCAUGACCCGACUAAACCCAAAGCGCCAGCGUUCUCCAUUACGUCACGGCGUAAAGUGGCAAACACCGACUGUUCCCCUGGACCAAUUUAUAAGCUCCCACCCAACUACACCCGAUACGGCAGAGAUGGCACGCUGGCAUUUUCCGUCCGUGGCCGUCUAAAUCCACUCGCACCAUUCUGCACUCCUGGACCAGGCCAGUACUCCCCAGAUUUUUCAAAACUGUCCACCUUCAAAUCGUCCCCUGCGUACACUUUCUCCAGCAGACCCAAAGAACUUACUAAGAACCAAACUCCAGGUCCAGCAUCCUACAAGUUACCCCCAUUACUUGGCACAAAGGGGAUAACAACCUCUUCAGCUCCCUCCUUCACCAUCACAGGGCGCACUGUGAAGGGAUCCUUUUUGGAAGAUAUAACAAAGACUCCAGGCCCAGCUGCCUAUAAUGCUGCAGACCCGUAUAUCUCUAAGCCAAAACCCCCUCAGUGGACUAUGACAGGUCGUCAUUUCCCUCCAGACAAAGCUGCUAAAACGCCGGGCCCAGGGCCAAGCUAUCCGCUGAUCUUUACAAAACCUAAAGCUCCAAGCUUCUCCUUUGGCAUCCACCAUUCGCAGUACAGGGCCUACUUUUAGUGAACAUGGAGGAAAUCUGACAGUAAACUGACCCAAUAAACACUCAAUAAGCAGCGUGGAAGAUA